AGAUAAACUCGGGAGUACCCGGAGAGCCGCUGGUUUGGACUCCGGUUCCUUCGGACGGCCUUGUGUCCCCAGACUCGUAGCACCUCACGCCGCCCGUGGCUCCUCUCUUUCCCUGGAGCGGAGAGAAGACUUCUUUUGUGAAUUGAGUAUCUCCCUCCCCCAAUUUCCCCACCCCAAGCUUGCUGCCUCCUCCGGGUCCCGGCGGCCACGGCGAGGCGGCCUGAGCUUCAGGAGGAAGGGAAGAGGCAGCCUCUGGGUGUGCGAGUCCCCUGGGCGCGGGGAAGGGAAGAAGAGGACGAGGUGGCGCGGAGACCGCGGGAGAACACAGUGCCUCCGGAGGUGGGGGGCUCUUCCUCAUUUUGCCUGCCUUCUAGGGACCGCUCGGGCUUCUUGUAUCCAGAGGUACAGCCCCUGAACAGCCGGGAAUCCCCGUCCCCUGUCCCGGACGAGGGGCCGGGGGCGCCAGCUCCGCACGCCGCGGGAGUGGGCGGCAAGCGCGGGCCUGCGAGGAAAUCUGCUCGGUCCCCGGCAGCCGCCGCUUCCCCUUUGAUGUUUUGGUACGCCGUGCGCAUGCGCCUCACAUUAGAAUUACUGCACUGGGCAGACUAAGUUGGAUCUCCUCUCUUCAGUGAAACCCUCAAUUCCAUCAAAAACUAAAGGGAUGUGGAGAGUGCGGAAAAGGGGCUACUUUGGGAUUUGGUCCUUCCCCUUAAUAAUCGCCGCUGUCUGUGCGCAGAGUGUCAAUGACCCUAGUAAUAUGUCGCUGGUUAAAGAGACGGUGGAUAGACUCCUGAAAGGCUAUGACAUUCGUCUGAGACCAGAUUUUGGAGGUCCCCCCGUGGCUGUGGGGAUGAACAUUGACAUUGCCAGCAUCGAUAUGGUUUCUGAAGUCAAUAUGGAUUAUACCUUGACAAUGUACUUUCAACAAGCCUGGAGAGAUAAGAGGCUGUCCUAUAAUGUAAUACCUUUAAACUUGACUCUGGACAACAGAGUGGCAGACCAGCUCUGGGUGCCUGAUACCUAUUUCCUGAACGAUAAGAAGUCAUUUGUGCACGGAGUGACUGUUAAGAACCGCAUGAUUCGCCUGCAUCCUGAUGGCACCGUCCUUUAUGGACUCAGAAUCACAACCACAGCUGCCUGCAUGAUGGACCUAAGGAGGUACCCACUGGAUGAACAAAACUGCACCUUGGAAAUUGAGAGCUAUGGAUACACAACUGAUGACAUUGAGUUUUACUGGCGUGGCGAUGAUAAUGCAGUAACAGGAGUAACGAAAAUUGAACUUCCACAGUUCUCUAUUGUAGAUUACAAACUUAUCACCAAGAAGGUUGUUUUUUCCACAGGUUCCUAUCCCAGGUUAUCCCUCAGCUUUAAGCUUAAGAGAAACAUUGGCUACUUUAUCCUGCAAACAUACAUGCCUUCCAUCCUGAUUACCAUCCUCUCCUGGGUCUCCUUCUGGAUUAAUUACGAUGCUUCAGCUGCAAGGGUGGCAUUAGGAAUCACAACUGUCCUCACAAUGACCACAAUCAACACCCACCUCCGGGAAACUCUCCCUAAAAUCCCCUAUGUGAAGGCCAUUGACAUGUACCUGAUGGGGUGCUUUGUCUUCGUUUUCAUGGCCCUUCUGGAAUAUGCCCUAGUCAACUACAUCUUCUUUGGGAGGGGGCCCCAACGCCAAAAGAAAGCAGCUGAGAAGGCUGCCAGUGCCAACAAUGAGAAGAUGCGCCUGGAUGUCAACAAGAUGGACCCCCAUGAGAACAUCUUACUGAGCACUCUCGAGAUAAAAAAUGAAAUGGCCACAUCUGAGGCUGUGAUGGGACUUGGAGACCCCAGAAGCACAAUGCUAGCCUAUGAUGCCUCCAGCAUCCAGUAUCGGAAAGCCGGGUUGCCCAGGCAUAGUUUUGGCCGAAAUGCUCUGGAACGACAUGUGGCGCAAAAGAAAAGUCGCCUGAGGAGACGCGCCUCCCAACUGAAAAUCACCAUCCCUGACUUGACUGAUGUGAAUGCCAUAGAUCGGUGGUCCCGCAUAUUCUUCCCAGUGGUUUUUUCCUUCUUCAACAUCGUCUAUUGGCUUUAUUAUGUGAACUAAAACAUGGCCUCCCACUGGAAGCAAGGACUAGAUUCCUCCUCAAACCAGUUGUACAGCCUGAUGUAGGACUUGGAAAACACAUCAAUCCAGGACAAAAGUGACGCUAAAAUACCUUAGUUGCUGGCCUAUCCUGUGGUCCAUUUCAUACCAUUUGGGUUGCUUCUGCUAAGUAAUGAAUACACUAAGGUCCUUGUGGUUUUCCAGUUAAAACGCAAGUGAUUUGUACACAUGGUGGCUAGACAGCCUGAGUGCUCCAUGUUGUCUGUUUAGUAUGCAGCCUACUCAGAGGGGAAUAAUUUGGAAGAUAUUCUUAGAAGGCUCAACAGCAUUGUCAGUCAUUUGGUCAUAACCAGAUACUCCUCAUCUUCCUUUUUAAGGUCGGCAUGCUGUUGAGAUGGCAUUGUCCUUAUGAAACAUUAUCUGUAAUGCCAUGCAAACACAUUACUCGAAGAUGAUCUAUGAUUUUCUUACUAAGAUGAUAAUGGUGUCAUGGGAAGAUUAUUCCCACUGGUUUCUAAAAGAUUCUCUUGUGAUUUGAGCAGGCUAGGGGAAUCAAGACAGAGACUCAGGAAACCGAUUUGGCCAGUCUCUUUGCUUGAGCACGGAGAAUCAACUAUGAUGUCUUUCAUUUUGGCAUUUAGAGAUGAGGAGACUUCUGGACAAUAUCAUGCAUGGUGGCCAAGAAUAUUUUUGCUAAACGGCUAUUUCCUAGGUGGUUAAAGUAAGAGUUAACAACACAGAGCAGAGUAGAAAAUCAGAAACGACGGUUGUAACAAAAAGCAAGCAAGCAAGAAAGCAUGACCCUUAUCAGCUCCACACAGCAUCUGGUCUAUACAUACUGUGUCUAGUGGCAAAGGGUGAGUAAGAGAGAUUGUUUUUCCAACAUCACUAGCUUUUGACAGCAUACCUAAAGAGGUUUUUAUAGUUUAAUCAAAGAUAACCAUGAAAUACAAAAAUUAGAGAAAUGAGAAUUGUCUUAGAUAUUCAGGUUAGAUUCAGAGUCAUUCAAAUAUACAAAUACAGAGCACAAACUAGCAAACAGAUUGUUUUUCUCGGACGAAGUCAGCUGUCCCUGCAAUUUUUGUCCCUAUAAUUUUAUUUCUGAAUUUAAUAGAGUAUUUCAAGAGAAGGAUUUGUUCAUCGCUUUAAAGGAUUCAUGGUCCUCUCCAGCUUUUUUUUUGCUUCCAAAAUUCUGAUUAUAUUCUUAGGAGACUGGCAAAGUAAGGCUUUGGAGAGAUUGAGUGAACUAUAUUUUCUUAUAUGCAAUGAAAUUCACCAUUGUAUUUUUCAAAGCAAAUAAUACUUCAAGGAGUAUGAACACACGGAGAGUUAAUUUGUGGAUUCAUUGGUUUGGGGCUUGAUUUUCUUAAGAGUGCUUUCAUUGUAUAUGUUGCAAUCUGCCUAAUCAAGGAAAAUAUGAAAACUAGUGGAAAAUAAUAACAAAGCCACAUUAACAUGAUAAAUGUUAUGAGCCUCAGUUGAUAUUGCAGAAAAAUAUAUAACUGUUAAUCAGGCAGGCAUGAUGUAUUUUUUUUCUAUUUUUAAAUUAUGCCAUUGUGCUUCUUUCUACACUAAUUGGACAUAUGCAUUCAUAUGUUGGACAAGAAGAGAAUAAGCUAAUAUGUCUUCCUUCUAUCAAUAUAAGGCUCAUAUUUUGCUUUUCUUAUAGAAAAUAGUGAAUUGCUAAAUUUUCCUUAAAGUUGAAUUUGAUUGAACUUUUUCUUGGAGGAUGACUUUGCUAUUUCUAUUUUGAAAACAAAGAAAGCUCUUCUUUUUAGAGUAAUAUCCCUAAUUGUGCAUAGCAGCCAGUAUCCACCUGUGAAUAAUGUAUGUUUUCUUGAUUUCUUGUUUCCUUCAUGAUUUAGCAGCUUGGAAUAUGAUGGAGUACUAUUGCCCUUGCAUUCCAGCUGUCCAAGAACAACAACAAACCUUUAUCCUUCAGCUUUCUGAAUUUGCCCCAAAAUGGAAUGGUAUUUUGUUUUUCACCAGUGUAGGAAACCUUGGCCAUUAUAUUUUGAUUACAUAAUCUUGAGCACCUCUGAGUAUCAUCUUUGGGCAGAAUCUGACCAAGAUUCUUCUCACAGGCUCAGAGUAGAGAUUCCUCAUGUUUCUCCAGGACACACUUUCUCCUAGGCAAUCAUUUUGGGGCAUCACACUAAGUAAAGUGCCUGCCCCUUGUCAACAGGGGGUAAAGUUUGACUAAAAAACAUCAGGAAGGAACAUAUUGAUAACUCAGGGGCACAACUCCAAAAUGCCAUUCUGAAAAGGCUCUUCUAGAGUCAACUCAGAGCCCAAGUGUAGAAGUGGGCUCUUAUGUGCAAUCACUGUACAAGCCAUAAAAAUCUUUGAUAUUGCCAUUUAUGAUUACAACAAAAUUUUAGAUAUCCAAGAAAGUCAACAGAACAACCCAGAUCAAAGUGUAGAGAAGCAUCUUUGCAGCUUGAGCCUCAAAAGCAUAAAACCAGGAAUUCAUUUCUGCUCUCAGUGAUACAAGAAACAAGGCAAAGGAAAAAAGAUGGGACCUUAGAAGCAACGCCCUAGAGUAAAAAGCAUACAUUGGCACUCAGUAACCACAGAGAUAGAAACAACUGACUCAGCCUCUCCAGAAAUAACAGUAGAUGUAGAAUUUGUUCUUAAAUAUAUGUUUCGUUGAAUUGAAAUGCAGUCAUCAAAUGCGAGGAGGGGUGCUAGACCUGAUAAGUCUAGGAAGACCAGUCAGCUUGAUAGCCAGUUGUUAAACUAAAGGACCACAAAGGUGUGUUUAGUAGUUCUGAUAUGGGAUUACUAUCAGUUUAUACAUAUGUAUAGAUUUUCUUUUAAUUAUAAACAGCCAGAUAGCCAGCAAUUAAGGUGUUUUUUCAUCUUUGUGAAAUUCAUGGACAAAUUCUGACUCUAAAAUGCACAGUCUACAUGAAAUCUUUGAUCUCAAUCUGUAUAUAUAUAUAUUGUACAUGACUGCUAGUAGGUAUGAAAUGCAUUUCAGAAUUGAAAACUCAUGCAACAUAAUCAUGUGUUUGCAUAAGGAAUGUUAAAAUUCUUUCUACUACAAUUUAUUAACAGGGGAAAAGAUUCAAGCAGUGCCAUCUAGACCUUUUCUCUUCUCAUUUCUUCAAAAGCAGUGCUAAGUAAAAUAAUAAUAAUAAAAAUGGUUUAUGAACCAAAAGACUUUACAUUCUAGCAUUAGGAACACACACAAAAAAAUCUGUCAGCUUACAAAAGCACAACACAUAAAGAAAGAGCAGUGGAAUGCGUAAUGGGGAAAUGAAUCAUGUUUAAAGCAAGACCUGCAUUAAAUUGGCAACUAAGAUAAUUUCCAUUUUCUAUAGGUAACCGUGUUCCAGUUUAAUGAUUACCUUCAUACUCAACAAGAAAAAUGGCAAAGCAACAUCAUCAAAAUAGGUCUUACAACAUAUCUACAUGUAUAUAUGUGUAUAUAUAGAUUCAUAUAAACAUACAUACAUAUAUAUGCAUUCAUAUGUUGGAAAACAAAAGGAAUAAGCUAAUAUGUUUUAUUUCCUUCAUUAAACCAGUAUAUGAGUAUUUUUAAUUUGGCAAACAAAAAUCAACAUACUGAAAUAAGUAAUACAGGGUACUGAGCAUUUCUCUAUCAGCAAAUCAAUGCCUACAGUUUUUAUGAACCAUUGCACAGUUUAACUCGACAAUAGUACUGUACCCCAGAACAUCAGAAGUUAAGUAGUUGUCACAUUGCUUGUCCAAUUGCUCUCUUUUUCAAGGAAACAAAUAACAUUGUCCAUUGGUGAGUCGAAAACAAACAUGUCUUAAGAAAAUGAAAAAUGAUAAAAAUUCCUCCAAAGAGGAAGAAAAAAAAAACAAAAAACUAAACCCCACCAUGUUGGUUAGGGCAAAAUACUAAGUAUUCACAACUGUAGCAAUCAUGCCAUUUGGCUAAAUGUACAGAGUACAUGUAAUGUGAGCAACCAUAACUUUCACUGAACGUGUGUAAAUAUUAAAACAGAUUUCUUAAAUAUUUUUAACUUCUAAUUUGUAUUUUAUGGUAAGGCAAUGUGCUAAUUCUGUUUAUGGCUUAAGUUGAUGUGUUAUAAUAUGUAAAUAAUUAAACAUGCUGUAAAUGAAUAGUCAAUAGAUACAAAUAAUUGUUUAGUUUUUUUCUUAAUUUUUAUUUAUUUUUUACUAAGUACUAUUACUGCAGUGCCCCCAGCAGAGUAAUUUAAACACCCUUUUGCAUAAAUGGUUUGGGAAUCCCAGACAGAAGGGUUUCAAUUUGCUAUCACACACACAGUCACACACAGUCACACACACGCACACACUCAAACACACAUAAUCUUUUGCUCACCCACUCUGUCUCUCUGCCUGUCUAUGGGAAACACUCUACUGUUUAUGUAGUCAAUAUAACAAACAAGAGAUAGCCUUUGAAAUGGCAAUUGGGAAAAGCAAAAAUGAUCAUUGAUAACUUAAUAGACUUUUUUAUAUGUCAGAGUUCAAGAAACCAAAGUUUGCAACUUAAAUCUCAGUUUUCAAACAGUAAAAGUUUGUAUAGAUGGCACUACAGAAAAAUAAAAAUGGUUAUUCCUACCAGCUCCAGAAAUGUGUUACACAAUAUACACUAGAAGACUUUUUUUUAAUAAUAGUAUUUUGUCCUUAGGUAGUAUUGUUCCUUUCAACCAAAGACUCCAGAAUUAUUGAAAAAUGAAAAAGGAAAAAAAAAAUGAGAUAAUGGGGGAAAAAAGGACCCUGCUUCACACCAAAGGUUUAAAAAAAUAUUUUCCAAAUGCACUAGGAACAUUGUAAAAACCAGAAAGGAGUGAACAGAAUGCUAAUGAAGAUACUGCCCUAAAGAAAUCUGUCCAAAAAAAAAAAAAGCAGCACUCUUAAAAAGCUAUUAAGUUUUUGGAAAUUGAAGUAAAAUAUUUCUGUAGAUAUAUUCAAAAUUCUGACAUCAAAUUUUAAUUUGCUUAAAGAAGUUUUAUUUGUGAUGAAGAUCAAUAUGAUUCAAAUGAUGAAAAACAAAACUGUAUGUCCUUUGAGUUCCCAAACCAAAUGUCACUGCCGUGUCACAUCCUCUAAUCUGAUGCCCAUGUGUGUGUCCUUGCGCCAUUUGAAGCAAGUUGACAGUUCCAUCAGUUUGUUUUUGUUUUUGGUUCAAUAAUUUGAGUUCAACCAUCGUCAUUUUAAACAUAAUUAAUCCCAACAAAGUUGCCUAUAGUUUAAUUUAAAUCUCACAGCAUUUUUAAUUUAUUUUGCAUGGGUGUUUAAAUAGUUCUGUUACGAAUAUUGUCCCUGCACAGUUCUAAAUUGUCCUUUUAUAAAAAAAAAAGUGAUAUUCUAGUUUCUUCACAAUGUAGUGAUUAUCAGCCUUACUAAUUACCUUGUAGCCUUUCUUAAUAUGCACAUAAUGCACAUUUUCCAAUGGCUAGAAAAAUGCAAAACACAGUGGAUAUCAUUGCAUCUAUUUUCAUGUCUUUCUAAAAACAGGACUAUUAAAAUCUCUGGGAUACAUGAGAUAGUAAAAAAUGAGGAUUAUAAAUGAAUAGCACAUAAGAAUUAUUUUCUUGAAUUUAAACUUAUUGCAGCCAGUUUCAGCAUGUAAAUAUAUAAUAAUGUUGGCUAGUGUGUAAUUCUUGAACUAAGAAAUAUAAAUAAAAAUAAAAAGAUUGUGUGUGUGGUUUCA